AUGGCGACUGUGACCUACGGGCCGUCGGUCGCCGUGACGGCAAAGCCACAGGAGCCCGCCCGGCGUGUGGCUCCUCCUCCUCUCCUACCCGACCAGCGCAAGGCCAUGGAAAUUGCUCGCGACGAGAAGCAGGCACUGAUCAGCGCCCGCAUCGAGCAAUGGCACGCGUAUACAUCUGCAUACGCUGAGCAGAUGUCCAAGGACUUUGGCAAGACGCCGGACCACUAUCUGCAUCUUCUGUUCUCGCAAGGAUCGCGCCCGACGUCAACGCGCAAAUGUAACCCGUACAACGCGUGGUCAAGCAAGGUAGUGAAAGAUGCGAACCAGGAUGCAGGCCCGGGUCAAUCACGCCGAAUGGUUGACGUCACGCGAGAGAAGAAGCAAGAGUACCACAACAUGACUCCGGAGGAGAAGGCAGAGCUUGCGCCUGCACUGGAGGACGUGCGGCAGUCUAAGAAGUUCGGUGCUCGCCUGACAGUGCGCGCCAUCCUGAACGACGUCAACGCAACGAACAAGCGGAUGGAGGUCGAGAUGUAUGGUCUCUGCUUGCGCACGGGCAUGCAGGGUUUCUUCUGUGUCUUCAAGAGCAAAGCUGGCAUUCCCUGCAACCCUCAGUGGUACUUCACGAACCCACACAUCAACAUAUACCUGGCGUUGGCGGUUCGCAAGGGGUGGGACGUCGAGAACAUAGGUGCACUGGCGGAGGCGUUUGCUGUCGCGGGGUGCGACUUCAUGAAGUUCCUACGCAGUGCGAAGGAUCGCGCCGACUUCUUGAAAGCCGAGAUUCGUGAUUUGAUUCAAAAGCAAAUAGCUGAUUUGACCGGCAACCCGAAGGUCCGAAUGAACUAUGUGAACUUCGAGCGCGACUUCGUCGUCAAGUUCGGCAUUGACGUCACCGGCUGGACGUUCGACAAAUUCAUCAACCCGUCCGAGAUGAGCACGAGUCUGCCUCCCCUCCAGAAGCUCAUCUCGGCCCUCAAGGACGGCUCGUGCAGGUUUCAUCGCCUCGCGGAACCUGAGCGCUCGCGACGCGAAGAAGCGUACAACCGCAAGGUCCUUGCCGGUGAGGUCGAGCCUCGCAAAGAGCGGCAGGACAAGGGUGUCCCGCGUGGCAAGCGUGCCGCGAACGCUGCGGAUACCGAGCCGGACGAGGGCAGCGGCAAUACCAACGCACCGCCUGCGAAGCGUCCUCGGGUGUCGGGCCUUUCGAUACAGAAGGCUGCCCCGAAGAGCAACGAGUUCGUCAACGACUCGGACGUGGACGAUGACACGCCUGCUUCGUAA